AUGGCGGCGAAACGGAAACUAGCAGCCAUGGGCGCUGUGGACGAGGAGCCCGUAGACCCGGCUGACGAGCUUAUGUUUCUGUGCCUGGGAGGUGGGAACGAGGUCGGACGAUCAUGCCAUGUUAUCCAGUACAGAGGCAAGACCGUCAUGCUCGAUGCUGGAAUGCACCCUGCCUACGACGGUCUGGCCGCUCUGCCAUUCUACGAUGAGUUCGAUCUCAGCACCGUUGAUGUGCUCCUCAUCAGCCAUUUCCACAUCGACCACGCCGCCUCCCUCCCUUAUGUCCUCGCGAAGACCAACUUCAAAGGUCGAGUGUUCAUGACACACCCUACAAAAGCUAUCUACAAAUGGCUCGUCCAAGACUCCGUCCGCGUCGGUAAUAUCUCCUCGUCCUCCGAAUCCCUCAAUACCACUCAACCCCUCUAUACCGAAUCGGACCAUCUGUCUACCUUCCCCAUGAUCGAAGCCAUCGACUACCACACAACACACACCAUUUCUUCCAUUCGCAUAACGCCUUACCCAGCUGGACACGUCCUCGGCGCCGCCAUGUUCCUCAUCGAGAUCGCCGGACUCAAGAUCCUCUUCACAGGCGACUACUCGCGGGAAGAAGACCGACAUUUGGUCUCCGCCGAAGUGCCGCGGAACGUGAAAAUUGACGUCCUCAUCACCGAGUCCACCUACGGCAUCGCCUCACACGUACCACGGCCCGAGCGUGAAACCGCCUUCACGAAGGCCGUCACCUCUAUCCUAAACCGUGGUGGACGAGCCCUGCUCCCCGUCUUCGCGCUGGGCCGAGCACAGGAGCUCCUCCUGAUCCUGGAGGAGUACUGGCACAAGCACCCCGAGUACCGCAAGAUCCCGAUCUACUACGCCAGCAACCUCGCGCGCAAAUGCAUGGUCGUCUACCAGACCUACAUCAGCGCCAUGAACGACAAUAUCCGGCGGCUAUUUCGGGAGCGCAUGGCGGAGGCCGAGGCGGCGGGAUCUGGUGCAACGAAUGCAGGCCCCUGGGACUUCCGCUAUGUGCGCAGCCUGAAGAGCCUUGAGCGCUUCGACGAUGUCGGCUCGUGUGUCAUGCUGGCCAGCCCGGGCAUGAUGCAGAACGGCGUCUCGCGCGAGCUGCUGGAGCGCUGGGCGCCGGACCCGAAGAACGGGGUCAUUAUCACGGGAUACAGCGUCGAGGGCACGAUGGCGAAGUUGAUUGUGCAGGAGCCGGAUACGAUUACGGCGAUCAUGACGAGGGGUCAACAAGGGAUGAGGAGGGGAGGAGAGAAGGAGCAUGCGGUGAUUCCCAGGAGGUGUAGUGUGCAGGAGUUCAGCUUUGCGGCGCAUGUGGAUGGGACGGAGAAUAGAGAGUUUAUUGAGGAGGUGCAGGCGCCUGUUGUGAUCCUCGUCCACGGAGAAAAGCACAACAUGAUGCGCCUCAAGUCCAAGCUCCUCUCCCUCAACGCUGACAAAGCUCGUCCCACCAAAAUCUUCAGCCCAGCCAACUGCGAAGAACUCCGCAUCCCCUUCAAAGCGGAUAAGAUUGCGAAGGUAGUCGGCAAGCUCGCCCAGAUACCGCCGCCGCUACCGCACCGUAGCAAGGAUGGCCAGCAGCAGGGAGCAGAGAGCGACGAACAACUGGAGAAACGACUCAUCACCGGCGUGCUUGUCCAGAACGAUUUCAAGAUGUCGCUGAUGGCGCCCGAGGAUCUCAGGGAAUAUGCCGGUCUGACCAUAACGACGAUCACGUGCCGACAGCGACUGACGUUGAGCGCGGCCGGUGUAGACCUCAUCCGCUGGGCGCUGGAAGGCACAUUCGGCGCGCUAAAAGAGGCUUCCCUGAAAGACAAAGCCGUGGACGGCAAAGCCGAGACGAACGGCCACAGCCACAAGGCCGAAGACGCAGAUGAAGAGAUCGACAGAACCACAACAGCCUUCACGAUCAUGGACUGCGUGACCGUCCGCAUCCGCGGCCGCGGCGAAGUCGAGGUCGAGUGGGAAGGAAACAUGAUAAACGAUGGCAUCGCCGACGCCGUCCUAGCCGUCCUCUUCACCGUCGAGAGCAGUCCCGCAGCCGUGAAGCAAUCCUCUCGCCAACACUCCCACAACCACAGCCACACCCCACCGCCGCUGCCGGAAAAGCGAAAACGCAACCCCCACGCCGCCCAGUCCCCCGAGACGCGCUUCGCGCGCCUCUGCAUGUUCCUCGAGGCGCAGUUCGGGCCCGGCAUAACGCCCAUCACGCACCCGAAGCUUCCGGUCACCGUGCUCCCAACGCCCGAGUCCUCGCCUUCGGCGCAAAGUCUGCAGGCGGAGGGCCGCUCGCCGCAGCCGGAGGAGAAGGACGAUCAAACCGGCGACGGAUCACCCGCUCCGCCAUCAGAGGAUCAACUGUCCAAGGCCGAACAAGCGGAACUGAAGCGCCUGCAUGCGCUGGGCAUCCCCGUGCCGGGCGUGGAGAUCAGAGUCGACAAGCACGUCGCUAAGGUGUGGCUCGAGACGCUGGAGGUUGAGUGUAGUUGGGGUGUGCUGCGGGACAGGGUAAGGGCGGUUGUGGAGAGGGCUGUGGAGGUUGUGGCGCCGGUGUGGGGCUAA